AAAUCUGAUAAUUUAUUAGGGAGGGAGGUUUUGGUAAGGUCUACAAGGGCUGGGUCGAUGAGAAGACACUUGCCCCGUCCAAAAUGGGGAGUGGAAUGGUUGUUGCCAUCAAGAAACUGAACCCAGAGAGUGUGCAAGGUUUCGAUCAGUGGCAGUCGGAGGUGAACUUUCUUGGAAGGCUUUCGCAUCCCAAUCUAGUCAAAUUAUUGGGAUACUGUUGGGAGGAGAAAGAGCUGCUCCUUGUCUAUGAAUAUAUUCCAAAGGGCAGCUUGGAAAAUCAUCUCUUCCGAAGAAAUCCUGCUGUUGAACCCCUUUCUUGGGAUAGCCCUAAAAUAGCUAUUGGAGCAGCUCGUGGCUUGUCUUUCCUGCAUUCUUCAGAGAAGAAAAUCAUUUACAGGGAUUUUAAGGCCUCAAACAUACUGCUUGAUUGGCACUAUAAUGCGAAAAUAGCUGAUUUUGGCUUGGCAAAGUUAGGACCUUCUUCGGGUGAGUCACAUGUGACGACCAGAAUUAUGGGCACGUAUGGUUACGCUGCUCCAGAGUACAUUGCAACAGGCCAUUUGUACGUGAAGAGCGAUGUGUAUGGCUUCGGUGUGGUCCUACUAGAAUUGCUGACAGGCUUGCGGGCACUUGACACAAAGCGUCCUAGUGGGCAGCAAAAUUUGGUGGAUUGGACCAAGCCAAUUCUAUCUCAAAGAGGAAAAUUGAAGAAUAUUAUAGAUCACCGGAUGGAGGGCCAGUAUUCCUUUAAGGCGGUGUUACAAACUGCACAGCUCACUCUAAAAUGCCUGGCUGCUGAACCAAGACAUCGGCCCUGCAUGGCAGAGGUGGUGGAGACUUUGGAACGGAUUGAAUCGAUCAAGGAUAAACCAAAGCAACCCAGAACAGGUUCUCAUUCCUCGGCAAAUCGUUUGUAGGUCAUCAAUCUACGGGUUGCCGUUCACCUCUUCAUCCCAGACAUCAUGGAACUGUAUUGUGAGCUUGGAACUUGUCACAAAAUAGAAAGGACAAGCCAAUGGAUGAUUGAACAACGUUAGCUUCCGUGCAAAUGCCACAUUUUUUGGUUGUUGUACAAUAGUCAAAUUCUUGCCGAUGAUCUCCUUAGGUUUACAACCUUUUCUUUUAGUCACAGCAUUUGUCUUCAAAUGAGAGUGGAUUGUUAGAACGCACAAGCAUUUUCUUCUUC